CUGAGGCACGUUUUGGCCGAAGGAAUUGUGGUUCAUAUUAAUGCAUACGUAUCAUCUGUGCGUACUAUAUGCACAAAGGUAUGUUUGUAUAUAUGUAUUGUGCAUGGGCAGGUUCGUUAAGGUGGAACCGCUAAGUGGUUGUGAUGAAAGCUAGAACUGAAUGCCGAUUUAGAUUACUCUCAAACAGAAACAUCAUCGUCGAAGUGUGGUCUGCGCUCAGAUAUUCGUAUUUGGAUUUGGAUUUGGACAAAACUGCAGGGAACAGAAUGCAGACGAGGACGAUGCCAUAAUCAGGGAAAAUAAUAUGGAAAUAUAUGCAGAGCAAGACAAAACCGCGAAAGUAAACGCAAAGCACCAAACUCAACCCACGAAAUCCGAACGCAUGUAUAGUAGGUUCCGUUAUCAGUAAGGGAAAACGUGGCAAAGUUCCUGCCAAAAAGGGGUGUUAGUGAUGCACAGAGAAAAUAUACCCACAUACAUCUCUGAUUUUGUAUUUUAUUCAGAUAAAUUAAACGGACGGAUACAAUGACAGAUGGUCGGGUGAUCCUGAUCAAGAAUACACAUAUAGAUUUUAAAGGGUUGGAAACGCUUUCUUCCUUUUCUUUCUUUUGAACGAAUCCUGAUACAUUUUAUCCUACGAGAAACGGGUAACUUGACCUAAUAAUGUUGUAUUUCAACUGUAUCAGGGAAGAUUUUAUGUCACUCCAUAACUUAUAUUUGUACACUACAAUUAUAUGGCAAUACUUAUGUUUACCUAUAAUCAGCCGGUAUAACUAAAAAGUCUGUUCAAAACAAUGUUGAAAAGUUCAUUUGUCCUAAACUCUUUGUUUUCCGUGUAUCCCAACUGCGAAAAAGCAAUUGAAACUAGAGUUUCAUUAAAUUCUGCGUCGGCUGGCAGGCCAGUCCGCCCAGCGCCCAUUCCCAAGUGUCUUGGUCGGUCUUACGCUGCUGUUUUAUAGCGCAUUAAUUUCGAAAGUAGCGCUACGUGUGCCAAAAAUCAUUAGCAACGGAAUUACGCUCAAUGAAAUGCAGUCGGCGUCGCCGCUCAACAAACGCCGUCAAGGGGAGACAAUACAGCGUGGCCAGGCCAUACCUUGCCUCUGUCCUCCGUCGACUACGAUGGUGAUGUCGAAGCCGGAACAGGGAAACCCAGAAUGGUAUGGGGGUGGGUCCGGGAAUGGGAGCUGACGGGGAAUGAGGUGGAAUGAGGGGAAGUCGGAGGGGAAAAGUAGACAGCUGCUUGCGCUAGUGUUUCUGAUGCUUAUAAAUUUACCCUAACGACAAGUUAAAUGCCGAAUACGAAAUGCUUCAAAUGGAAGGGUUCCCAAUUCAAAUCCAUCGGAUACAUUUGAAUACAAGUCGCUGAAUCUGCCGUGAAGAUGAUGGGCUUGAUGGGCUUCACACUCGAAAUAAAAGUACAUGUCAACUGAUUAAACCCAUAUUUAGAAGGAACAGAAAAAUCUUCAACGAAAUGUGUAACUUUUAUACUAGCAAUAUUGAGUCAUUACUUAAUUUAAUGUCUUUAUUGACACAGAUAGUUGAACUAGAAUGUAAUAUAUUUGAUUCAAUUAGUGGAACACAACUAUCAAGAAUUACGAUAUCAAACAAGUUCGGUAAUAUUUUUUGUGCCGGAAAUAUUAUUAUAUUUCUUAAUUUAAUGCGUUUAUGGGAACUUUAAUGUAAUUAUUAAUUAAUUAUUCGAUUUAUUUAGCAACUAGAAUUACGACAGCAAGCCACAUCUACGACUCUAUGUUUGGAAAACGGUGCACAUAACGCUUAUCCGACUUUAGUUUAUAUCAAUGACAAUCUUAUCACUGGGAAAUAAAGCAUUAUCAGAUAAUAGGCGAAACUAAUUCGCCUAAUGAAAUUAUGCAAAUGGCAGUCAGUUUGAUUUCGGCACGGCAGGUGCGAGCACUCCACACUUCUAAAAAUAUACACCUAUAGUAUGUUCAAGUCGAAGUCCUUUGAUUUGGUCAUAGAGGAAAAGACAAAGAAACCGGAACGGCUGUACCAGCCUCGUCGGAUGCGAUGGCUAAAAUAUAUCAUCCUGCCGGCCGUUUUCUCCUUUGCGCUUCUGCUGAUCCUGGUCAAUGUGGACUUCUCCGAUAACAAUGAGGAUUUGAAACAUGUGGGAAAUGGAUGUGACACAUCGCUCUUUAUAUCUAACUAUGGAUUCGAAAAUAACACACUUCACCAGAGCUUUUUCUCUGGAAGAGUUGCAUUGCAAAGCCUUUACAUCGGAAACUGCACUGUAGUUCAUAUCAAGGAUGGUGCUUUUGACCAGGAUAGCACGGUAAACAUAACAAGCCUGCAGCUCAUAAAUGUGCAAUUGGAAAAUUUAACUGAAUCUGCCCUCCAAGGUCUUCAAAAGCUUCAGAACUUUACUCUAGUCAAUACAAAUAAUAACUUUAGGCCACUUGGAUUCCUCUCAGCUGUGGCUGAAUCGUUAAUCAGUGCGGAAAUACACCAGUCAUUAGCCGCAAAAAUAACGUAUUCAGUGUGCGACUUUUUGGGAUCCCGGAAUUUCACCCAGUUGAAAUAUUUAGAUCUGAGUGGGACACACUUAGACAAAAGCCUUAUUAAAGAGUAUUUUCACAAUCUUCCCGCCUUGGAACAGCUGAUUUUAAAGAACUGUGGGUUGGACCACAUCGAGUGGAAAAUCCUGAAACCAACACAUAAAUUGUUGCCUCAUUUGGACUUGGGUGUAACUCGGAAGACAGACAACUAUGAAUAUCCGUUGGACGUAUUCGGGUAUUAUCCUGAGACAACGACAAACGCUGAGGAUAUAUAUACUAACCUGGCUAAAGGAGCAAUGGCUCCAGAAGUAGUAGGCACCACUACAACUGAAACUAUACUUACAUCCAUAGAAAUUCUACCACCAUCAACACAAGGACCUACAUCCACCUCAACAGAAACUAUAACAACACCAACUGCAUCAACGGAGGAAUUAUAUACUGCAGAAUCAACGGUAUCAACAACACCAUCGUCAAAUUGCGAAGAGGAAUUUUGCCAGGAUCUGGUAUGCUCAAGAAUUUCAACCGAUUCGGUCGCAACUGCAGAUCUAGGAAGUUCGUCGUGCCAGGACGGCUUACUGGUGGAGAUCUGCGAAUCGGAUUGCUCCACACCCACAUUUUUCUGUGUGAUAUUAGGCGAGAAUUUUACCUCCCCAUCUAACUGUUGUUCUCACCAGAGCAUGAGAUGUGUGAUCUCUGCACAGGUCUCCUGGUUCGAGGAACACAGCGGAUUGGUCAUUGGACUCGGAGUGGGUCUUCUCUUCAUCGGCAGUUUCCUCGGAAUGCUCAUCGUCUUCGGAACCCUGCGACUGAAGCCCUCCUGGUUGCGCGGCAGUAAGCGGCGUGAGUCGAACACGAUGGGGCUGAUUCAACGAAGAUUCGAAAAGGACCCGUAUGAGCCAGUGGAAGGUCCGAUUGCGACUAUCGACAAUAACGAAUAUGUCACUGCCUAUCAUCGUUACCUGGAGCAAGCGAAUCACCGCCCCACGGAGUCGAACAAGUAUAUUUCCCCACCCAGGGAUAGGGCUCCUUCUGUUCCGCCCUCCAGCGAUUAUCCCUUACCACUUCCGGCAAGAAAUUGCAACGUGUACGAGAGCUGUGAGCUAUACGAGGAACUUCCGUAGAAAUGUUUUAUUCACCGAAGUGUGCAAUAUAGAUAUGCAUACGAGUUCGAAAAUUCAGCAUAUUUCCUUUGCUUUCAAGAAACCAGGCCCCCUGCAAGAAACUGUGGGAAAAAAUUCCACUGAAUCAAUAAAUGUUUAAGAUUAAUCAUAAGAUAUUUUGCUUUCAGCAAAUAUAACUAAAACCACUGCUAGAGGUAUCAAAUUACGUUCCAAUAAAAUCGAAAA